ACGCAGUCAAUAGAACGGAUGGAGGCCGUAUGCAUGUGCUGCUACAGACAAGCAAGUAACCCUCCGCUGACCCGCUACGCCUUGCCGUUUGCAGGCGGCCUCCCCAUGGCCCAGGCCGUUGCAGCAAUAGGUGCUAUGGACUAUUGUCUAUCGCCCUCCUCCACACGCGUUUGACGACCCUUACGCGAGGCACAGCAACACCCGAUAUGACCGUUGACGACCCGAGUAAUACCCCGGCUCCCUUGUCGUACGAUGCCAGUGAUGCUGGGAGUCGAUCGCGCCUAGCUGUCCCGCCCGGACAAGGGGCGUAUGCAUCACAACCAUCCGCCCCCGCCAGACGUGCCUUUUUCGACCCCUGGAACAGUUCCAGCACUGGUCAUCAGCGUGCCGAAAAUCGGCUGUCUGGCUCGACAUCAUGGCGCGCGUCGCGUAACCUCAAACUGGGGGAGCAAUUCAAGGGUGGUCGGUACGGCGGCAAGAGGAUCACAGACACGGUCGGCGCAGGCAGCGACGACUCCGCCAACGUCGGUCUCCACAGUCUCAGGACCGGUGGACAAAAAAGUCUUGCCGAAGUCUGGACCGCAGGCAAGUCGUGCACACAGCCGUCUAAAUACAAGGAGCCAAAGACAGACUCAGAGCUUGAACCAGAUACAUACUCCGAGAGCAACAUUUGUGAAGAUAGUUCGGUGCCUCCGGACAAACAGUUGUUCGCGGGCCUCUGCUUCUAUCUCAAUGGCUCGACUGCCCCCCUUGUCUCAGAUCACAAGUUGAAGCAAAUACUCGCCACAUACGGCGCCACACACUCCAUCACCUUGAGCCGACGGACAGUCACACACGUGAUUCUCGGCACAGUAAAUGCAAGAGGAGGAGCAGGCGGCGGUCUUGCUGCAACCAAGCUUCAAAAAGAGAUUGUUAAGACUGGCGGCGAGACGGUCAAAUUCAUCAAUACCGACUGGGUACUCGACAGCAUCAAAGCCAAUCGACGUCUACCCGAAUCACGGUAUUCACCACUAAAGUUUGCGCCAAAGUCCCAGGGCACCAUCCUCAGCACGAUGCGCGCCAGGACCCCUCCAAAGUCAAAAUAGUAUGUAAAUCUCAGAACAAGCCAGAGCCGUGCAAUGAGAUUCUCCCAUUCUUUUUGAAUA